GGACUGUUUCCUGUGACAGCGCAGCGGAAGCAAUAGUUGGUUUUGGGUGACGCUGCAUUAGAAAUGGAAGACAUGAACCGGUCUAGGUUGUUUCUCCUCGUUCUGUGUGUGGCUGGAGCUCAGUCGCUCACACCGUCUCACCACUUGUCCCUGUCGGAUGUGGGCCGACUGCAGAGCCUCCUGAGCCGGCCCUUCACCGACCUGCAGUCUGCAUACUACUCUGUUGUUGGCCUCACUAAACUCGGAGUUGCUGUUCCUGAUCACCAAGAAGUGUGCCAGUUCCUGAAGUCUCAGCUCAACCCCAGCAGUAUUGAUUCCCUGUUUUUCGCUGGUGAAACCAGUAAAGCCAUUUCAGGAUGUGAGAUCCCUGUGUCCAAUGAAACCCGGGACAUCCUGCUGGCAGCAGUCAGUGAGGAUUCCUCAAUGGCUCAGAUCCAUCGGGCUGUGGGGGCACUCAGCUCUCUGGGGCUCCCCCUUGCUUCUCAGGAAGUCGUCGUCGCCCUUACAGCUCACAUCAACAAGGAGCAGAAUGUCAUGGAAAUCAUCUCAGCUCUGCAGACUGCGUCCUACCUGUCCCAGCAGGCACAACUUGGAAAGAUUCUAGAGGAAAUUGAGGAUCUGACCGCUCACCUGGAUGAUGUUGGUGGCAUUUAUCUUCAGUUUGAAGAAGGUCUUGAGGCUACCGCUCUGUUUGUGGCAGCUGCUUAUGCUUUGUCAGAUCAUGUGGACAUGGAGCCGCCAUUCAAGGAGGAUCAGGUCAUACAGCUGGUAAAUUCUAUCUUCAGCAAGAAAUCCUGGGACUCUCUGGCCGAGGCCUUCAGUGUAGCCASUGCUGCUGCUGCUCUGUCCAACAACCGCUUCCACGUACCGGUCGUCGUCAGCGCUCUGGGACCUGCCACUGUUUCCCACAACCAGCCAACUUUUCAGCUUCUCGUCACUGAUGUCAUGUCUCAGCCUCUGACCUCAGCCAACGUGCUGGUGGAGUCUGCGUACGCCGUGGCUUCUAAAAGCGCUGUUCUCAGCCAAACACCUUUCACUCUUAAUGACGGUGUCUUUGAACUUAACUUCAUGGCCAGCCAGCCAGCCAGUGGAUAUUACCAGUUCACUGUUGCUGUGACCGGGGACAGUCGGCUGGUUGCCAAUCAUGUUGAGCUUAAAGUGAAAGUAUCCACUGAGGUGGUUGUUGCCAACAUGGACCUCUCUGUGGUGGAUAAGGACCAGAGCAUUGGGACCAAGACCACCAGAGUGGAAUAUCCCUCCAAGGCCAAGAGCUCUUUCACAGCCGACAGCCACCAGAACUUUGCCAUGUCCUUCCAGCUGGUUGACGUCAACACUAAACAAGAGCUCACACCUCACCAGACCUUUGUCCGGCUGCACAAUCAGAAAACUGGUCAGGAGGUGGUGUUUGUGGCUGAACCUGACAGCAAGAAACUCUACAAGUUUGAGUUGGACACGGCWGAGAGGAAGUCUGAGUUUGACUCCAUGUCUGGCACCUAUUCCCUCUCUCUCAUUGUUGGGGAUGCUACCUUGGAGAAUCCCAUCCUGUGGAAYGUGGCCGAUGUUGUUCUGAAAUUUGUGGAUGAGGAAGCUCCAGCUGCUGCUCAGCCCAAGACCCUUUAUGUACCCAAACCAGAGAUCCAGCACUUGUUCCGGGAACCAGAAAAGAAGCCUCCAACUGUAGUUUCCAACACCUUCACCGCUCUUAUCCUGUCUCCCUUCCUGCUUCUGCUCAUUCUGUGGUUUAAACUAGGAGCCAACAUCUCGAAUUUCAGCUUCUCUCCAAGUACCAUUCUCUUCCAUUUUGGACACGCAGCCAUGCUCGGCCUAAUGUACGUCUACUGGACCCACCUCAACAUGUUUCAGACCCUGAAGUACCUGGCAAUCAUCGGUGGUGUAACUUUCCUUUCUGGGAACCGCAUGCUGGCCCAGAAAGCAGUGAAGAGGAUUGCUGCAGAGCAAAGUAGUAGGUUGGCAAAGUAUAGGAGCCUGCGAUAAACCAGCCUUUAGUAACAAGUUGUUCUGCCUCCAGGCUGAAAAUGGAGAAAAAAUGAGGACAAGUGACUAAAAGAAGACAAUGACGGUUAUUUUUUAUUGGAAAAAGCAACAACAACAAAUAAAAAAAACAACAAAACAUGACAUGAACAGUCAAGAAUCCAACCAACAGUUAAAUAUGCAGUAGGUCUGUGUUUAAGUGGAAGAAUUUGGGAUAUGACAGCRUUUUUGAAAGCCUGGACAAACACCAACAGAUUCUCUACUGAAGACUAAAAAAGCUACUGAUCAUUGCACUUCAUCUUCUGUGAGCUUUUUUUUUUCUUUUUUUUUUCAAUAUGCCAUAGUUUAAUUGAGCUGAGACUUUCUUUGAGAUUUGGGAUUUGUUUGUUUUUUAUGUACAUUCCUCUAUGCUGUUGCUCAGUGCCUAUUUCACCUCCUUCAUGUUCAGCUAGUAAUCACCAUCUGGCUGUAGCACUGACACUUGUUAUUUACUAUGCCAUUAUGUUUGCCUGUGGUACUCUAUUUGAUACAGAAGAUGUCCUCAUUAAAAUUUGGUAAUAAAACACGGCCACAGAAUGUGAUGUUUUUGUAAUGAGGGAAAAAUAAAGAUUCUGAGGUGAAUCAAAGUUUGUCGUAAUGUAGUAUUUUUACUGUGGAAAAAUAAACACUUGAAUGUUUUUGGCGAACCCCA